AUGCCCAGCAGGAUGGACCCUAACACAGAGACCGGUAGUCACGCUUCACCAACCCCAAAACCAAUUGAGCCAAGUGUGAACAAGGCCCUCGAGACAACUCUAAAGCCUCCGGAAUCACAAAGCCGUCCAGAUAACCAAGAAAGUUACUCUCCUGCCUCCGUCGCCAGGGGGCUAGGCAUGGUCAUACCGCCGGCCAAAGUGAGGUUUCGCCCUAAGUAG